AAAUAACAAACAAAAAUGUACGCGUCCAUUUCUCUCUAUAUAUACACCAACUAUACAUCCAGCUGUUCAAAGUGUCUUCUUCCCCCUUCUCUCUUUCUCAUUUAUCCCCCAUUUUUCUCUCCAACAAAAUUACCCUCCAUCCAUCUCUUCUCAAAAAUCUCUAAUGGGUUCUUCUUUAUCCCAUUUCUUGCUUCUACGUCAUUCGCCGGUGGCGUCAGCAGCGGAUCCCGGUCUGGGUGACUUGCCGGAGAGUUGUGUUGCCUCUGUCAUGGUGUAUUUGGAACCAUCAGAGAUCUGUAGUCUCUCGAUGGUUAAUCGGUCUUUUAGAGACGCGUCUUCUGCUGAUUUUGUAUGGGAAUCCAAAUUGCCGGUGAAUUAUGGAUUGAUUAUUGAUACAGUAUUUGGUGCGGUUGAUGAGAAUGAUGAUAAUGAGAAUUUUCCGAACAAUUUGUGUAAAAGGGAUAUUUAUUCUAAGCUUUGUCGACCCAAUUAUUUUGAUGGUGGCACUAAGAAGGUUUGGUUAGAUAAGGGUACAGGAAGGGUUUGUCUAUCAAUAUCUGCAAAUGGAUUGGCGAUAACGGGCAUUGACGAUAGGAGAUAUUGGAGUCGUAUUGAAACAGACGAAUCAAGAUUCCAUUCCGUAGCGUAUCUCCAACAGAUAUGGUGGUUUGAAGUGGAUGGAGAGGUUGAUUUCCCAUUCCCAGCAGGGUCUUAUAGCAUUUUCUAUAGGCUGCAAGUGGGGCGUGCCUCUCGAAGAUUUGGACGGAGAAUUUGCAACUCGGAGCAUGUUCACGGAUGGGAUAAAAAGCCAGUGCAGUUCCAGCUCUCAACAUCAGAUGGCCAGCAAGCUUCAACACAAUGUUACUUGAAAGAAGCUGGAAAAUGGAAAUACCACCAUGUAGGAGACUUUAUUGUCACAGGGUCUGGAGCAACUAUGAAAGUUAAGUUCUCCAUGACUCAAAUCGAUUGCACACAUACCAAAGGUGGACUUUGUGUAGAUUCUGUGUUAAUAUGCCCAGGUGAGUUUACAGAGAGGUUAAAGCGUUUUUAAUUUGCUGAUAACCUUCUCUUUAGAAAAGAGUUUGUAGAGAAGAGUUAGAGAGGUAGUACUAUCCAUAGUUCUGGAGAAGUAAGGAAUGACGGUCAGCUACUUUAGAUUGAGGUCAGUGUUUGUGUACGUACUUGUAUGGCGGGCCUUUUAAAUCCCAACUACUCGUCAAGUAUCGUAGGACUUUCGGUUUAAGUUCUUGACACCCUUCACUCGGGGUGGUUAUUGUACUGAGUUCUUAGUGUAUGUUAAAUGAGACUAGUUUUUUCCUGUGUCC